ACCUCAGACUUCCUCUUCACUUGGUUGGACGCUACACCACAUCCCACAGGCCCUUGGACUGUAGCGUCCAGCAGCGUCGCCUGCAUCAUGAGGGACCUUGGACCCUCCAACAGGCUUCUGCUCCUGCCUCUCCUUCUGAUUAUGGAUGGUCUCAGCCCUGUCCAGGCCCAGAGCGAAUGCAACUGCUCAGCGGUGAGCCCUGGUGUGCUGGCUGGGAUUGUGCUGGGGGACCUGGUGCUGACCCUCCUCAUCGCCCUGGCUGUGUAUUCCCUGGGCCGGCUGGUCCCUCGGGGGAAAGGGGCCGUGGAGGUGACCAAGAAACAGCGCAUCACUGAGACAGAGUCGCCUUAUCAGGAACUCCAAGGUCAGAGGUCAGAUGUCUACAGUGACCUCAACACACAGAGGCAGUAUUACAAAUGAGCCCAAACCACUGCAGUCAACAACCUGAUGCCUGGAUUCAGUCAUUCCUGAUGCCUACCCAGCACCCUACUCCUACUUCUACCAAGAUACAGAUCCACAGAGUGCCCUCCCUGAGAUGCCAGGCUUUUCCCCACCCCUGCCCCAAAUAAACACAGAGCAC